AUGUCUACUCCUUCUACUCUUGGAGAAAAGGCUUCAUCACGGAGCGCCGGUAUUUGUUCUUUGAUCGCUCAUGUCUUUAGACGGCAUGACAUGGAAAAGGACCUCGAAGACUUUGUCGAGAGUCCUGCUGGCAUAGCGCUAAUUGUGUUCGUAUCUUUGUUACUCUUGGCUACCAUCCUAGUCGUGAUCAUCGUUCCUAUCGUAUGCAACCGGCGCCAAAGGCAAGCAGCGAGCUACCAGGCUAUGAUGACGCCUUCGGGUGUUGUGCGUAAGUCUCGGCACCCUGUCACAGCGAGGCCCGGCAUGGGAGGCCCUGAGUUUAACACCGGUCAGACGCAGCCUCCAACCGUGGCCCCGCCUACCAUUGAAAUGAAAACUACUUUAUGGGCGCAGCCAUCCAACCCCACCGUCCGUGGAUCAGGGAUGAGUGCAGGACAAACUGCUGCGCUGUUUCCUCCCGCUGUGACAAGAGCGGGGUCAUAA